GAAGGCGGCAUUAGAACGUAAAGCAGUUAAAGGGGUGUCAUUUUAAUAUACACCGUGGAGAGAUAUUUUGUUCCGAAAAGCAGAAAUUCUUAAGAGAAUUCAGCAGCAUUACAUCAAACACAAAAUACUUAAGAAAUGAAAAGAAGCGAGCCAUCAGUUUGCUCUUUUAGGAGACCAAAAGUUUGAUGAGGUUGAUGACAUUAGGACUUCAGUGUCUCGCCUCUUACAAAGAACAUUGCUUACAGACGUAGAAUUCCAUGUAUUUGUUGGAACAUCAGAGAGAGUUUUUCCCGCUCACAAACUCAUCCUUGCCUGCAGAAGUCCUAUUCUAGCUGACAAAUUCUACAAGGAAAAAGCUACUUAUGUCAUUUUUGAAUCUGAUGUCGGACCUUUAGGCAUCGAACAAAUGAUUAGAUAUAUUUAUUUGGAUGACAUUGACAGUUAUUCUGCAUUUGCUCUCAAAGAAGGGCUUGAAGCCUCAUUGAAAUACAGUAUUAAAUUCCUAGAAAGCCUUUGCAUCUCCUGCCUCAUGAACGUGGAGAUCACCGGAGAUAAUUUAUACGAAGUACUUGACGCUGCUGACAGAGUAAAACACGACGAAAUUCGUCAGAGAUGCCUAAAUAUUCUUAUGAAUGAUACUGAAACGGUGCUGAAUUCUCCUGCUCUAAGACACGCAAGUUUGAAUACUCUGCUUCUUAUAUUUCAGCUGCCGGAAUUAAAUAUUGAAAGUGAAGUUUGGCUGCUCGAAGCUGCCAUCGUAUGGUUACAGCAUAACCGAAACAGUUCAUCAAGGAAUAAACUGUUGUCCUGCAUAGACAUAAUGGCCUUAGAUGUCGAUGAAUUUUUAGCGGUCACCAAAAAUUUCCAAGUUUUUUUACCGAUAGAGAAAUUGUCAGCAUUCUUUCAAAUAUUCGACAUUUCGGAUCGCCAGAUUUGCCUGCAUUUUACGUAACUCGUAAAACCAAAAGGAAGUUUUUGAAAGCUAAAUGUAAACCUAACGUGAUUUCUAACCUGGGAGUUAGUAACAGUGCUACGCAGACAUCGGAAUUUUAUAAUGUUGGAUAAAGGUACGGGAAUUUCUCCCGAUGAGGCGUAUUUCUUUCCAGUCCAGAAAACUGCAUCUGUACAAACCGCGUUACAUGCAACGCUAGAAAAAAACAUGGAAAUUUCUGAAGAGGAGGUUUAUGUGUUUCACUCAACGGAAUCUCUGACCACAGGAACGCAAACUACAGUAGUUUCAACAUUAGAUGGAUGUUCGCAAGUUUCUAAAUCUGAGGCUGUUUUGUUCAAUAGAAAAGAGACAGUAAACAAAGAAUUUCAAACCACAUCUACUACUACACCAAACCGAAGUUUUCAAACGUCUGAUCGUAUCCUGAGAUUAAAUCAAAAUACCCAGAUGCGUAAAACUGAUUUCGAGAUGUUUAUGUCCAGUAAAACACACGAUACAGAAGUGCAACGGACAUUUUUUGCAGCAAAUCAGGAAAGCAGCCCAGCUCUUGAUGUCGGCCAGCUCUUGUCCUAUAAUUUUGAUAAAACCGAAAACGAGAACACGCCUACUUCAUGGCCAUCUUUACCAGGGAAAAGUCACGCUAAUGCCGAAUGGAAAGCUCCUAAAAAUGUUCGGGAUGAAAGAAUUCGAAUUAAUUUUGAAGAUAAAUCAAGAGAUGUACUUCCUCCCUCGAAAGAAACAUCGAGGAAGAUUAAUGACAUGGUAUCAAUUUCCAGUAAAGAAGACAUCUCAGAUAAAAUGUCAUCUGAAUUCGGCCCAGUUAACAGAAUUCGAAUUGACCUCAUUGGAGAACCUAGCAAAAAAGAGGAAUUGAAUACAUUAAUUCUGAUGAACUUGUGAGCUGUUCUGUAUCUGAUCUCAAACAAACGCUGAAAGUAGCAACGAAAUUCGGAAUAAAAUCUCUGCAAAACCUGUGCGUUUCGAGGUUUACAGACCUGGAUAUCAACGCGGACAAUGUGUUUGAAGUAUUAGAAGCUGCGGACUUCGUAAGACACGAAGAAGUUCGUCAGAAAUGUAUGAAGGUUCUCAUAAAUUAUACUGAAGCUGCGUUAAAUUCUUCUGCGUUUAAAGAUGCAAGUCUGGCUACUGUGCUUUGUAUGUUUCGAUUGACGGAAUUAAACAUUUAUAGUGAAUCCUGCUUACUUGAAGCUGCUAUCUCGUGGUUAAAACAUAAUCCAACUUGUUCAAAAAAUUAACUAUUGUCUUGCAUAGAUAUUACGACACUAAGUACUGAAGAAUUUUUAGGAAUUGUAGAAAAGUUUCCAACAUUUUUUAGUGACAAAGAAAUAGUCAAAAUUCUUUUAAAUAUUAGACAUUUUGGAUCUCGAGAUUUGCCUACAUUUUGCGUUACUCAUAGCGUCAGAAGAAACUUUCUUAAACAUAAGAACAAAAUACCUCAUAAAUUCGAGACUACAGAAACUGCUGAGACAGCGUUUGAAUCUAAAUUGUUUCCUGCAAAAAGGACCACAGGAACAGAAAUAAAAACUACAGCUGUUGUUACUGCAAAUAAAUGUAUUCAAACCUCUGCUUGUACGUAUAUUUCAGAUCCUUCAAAACCAGAGCAAAGAAAUCAGUUAAAUGCGGAAUGGAAGAGUUUUUUCUGCGCCUGUAAGAAUUCUGAAAACACUACCCAAGAAACAGUUCACUACUCAACAGACAAUAAAAAUUUACUGAAAGAUCAGCCGUUAAUUUUCAAUGAAGAACAUUUCUCAGGCUCAGAGGUGAAUAGAGCGGAAAGGAAGCAAGCGUUUUCCGGAAUGUCUUCUACAUGGAAUAAAGAAGAAAUACUCAGGCAGCUGACUGUCUCUUCUUUAUGUAGUGAACAUCCGAGUUGCCAGUCGCUUCCGCCAUCAGAAAUACAUGUAUACCGACUCGGGGAGAAUUGGCCAUUAUCGAGAAAUAACAAAUACAAGCCCAUGAGUGAUCAAUUUAGAUCCCCAGAAAUGAUAAAUCGCCCAAUUAACCAGAAAUUUUCAUGCAGAAUCACAGACGACUCUCACCAUAGCAAUUUACCAACAAGCAUUAGAGAAGAUCCAGUCAGUAAUUCAGUUCAGCCGCCAAGAACGGUAGACGACACUAACAGUAUGUCUAUUCUUCCUUCAAGCUUGAUGGGAGAUUCAAACGGCAAGCCACUUCCGCCUUCAAGGGUAAUGACAGAUCCAAACAGUAAACCAAUUGUGCCCCCUAAACCGAUGAGAAUACAAGAAAUUUCGCCCGGAAUAAUAAAGGAAAAUCCAAGAAAUAAGCCUGUUCUACCCCCAAGACCGAUGAAACAUUCAAGCAAUAAGCCGACUCCGCUCCAACGAAUAAAGAAAGAUCGCAUUAACGACACCAUCCCGUCCCAAGGCAAAUAGUAAUUGUUGCAAUAAUAUUGUUGCUUUCUACGGGUUCGUGGAUUUCGAGUGAUCGAUAACAACACGUGAUGAAGAAUCAAAAUACAAUUUAUUCGCCAGUGUCACUGAGGAGACAGUUCAAAAACACGUUUACAGUCAUCGAAAUGACUACGUUAAAAAAUCAGCAACACAGCCUUUGGGCUAUCAGGCUAUAACAGUGAAGACAUCUUCACGGCAAAGCACUAAAGUACAGCUUCCGACUCGGUUCGGUCACUCUCGGAGCUCAAGGCACUGCUACUGAACUCAACGUACUCUCGAUGACAUACUGAUGAUACUCACCGAUACUCUGCGCAUAGAAAGGGGGUUUAUAUAGCUUUUGGCCUGCCUUCGAGAUCAUUCUGAGCCAAACCGAUGAGAAUUAGUUCUAAAAUGUUCUCCAUCCGUCUAUGGCUUAUCGCCAAAUGGGCGAUUUCGCGCUAAGUCUGGCAACCCUAAUUUUCCUUGCCAUUUGCCAACUUUGUCGGGAAGCUGCCUGAUUGCAGCUGAGCAUUUCGUAACUAUUCUAUAUAUUCAUUAGUAUAUACUUCUAUAUAUUCAUUAGUAUAUACUUCUAUAUAUUCAUUAGUAUAUACUUCUAUAUAUUCAUUAGUAUAUACUUCUAUAUAUUCAUUAGUAUAUAAUACCUAUUACAUAGUAUAUUGAAAUACCAAAGGAAAGAUGUACUUAUCGUUUGUAGUUCAGGUUCACUAAGGGUAUAUAGAAUCUGAAGCAGACAUUAAAAAAUUUCAGGCAUAGGAAAAUUAUAAACCCCUUUAAUUAGUUAUUAAUCUGUCUUAUUAAAUAUUUUUAAAUACUCAUAUAUUA